AUUAAUUCAAGAACAAUUUAACUAUAGAGAGAAAAGAAUUGAAAUAUGGAUUCAGUUGAGCAGACACCGCUUUUGGAGGAUGGACUUCUCGAAGAGAACAAAAGCAAGGAGCUUUACACUGGUGAUGGCUCAGUUGACCUUCAUGGAAAUCCUGCCCUUAAGCAGAAUACUGGAAAUUGGAGAGCUUGUCCUUUUAUUUUGGGUAAUGAAUGUUGUGAACGGUUGGCCAAUCAUGGCAUCUCCACCAAUCUUGUUACUUAUCUUACUAAUAAGCUGCAUGAAGGAAAUGUGUCUGCUGCAAGAAAUGUUUCCACCUGGGCAGGCACUUGCUAUAUUACACCCCUUAUUGGAGCUGUCCUCGCUGAUGCUUGCUGGGGAAGAUAUUGGACAAUAGCUGCUUUCUCCACGAUCUACUUUAUUGGAAUGUGUACCUUAACACUCUCAGCAUCAAUUCCUGCAUUAAAGCCAGCUGAAUGUGCCGGUUCUUUAUGCCCUCCUGCGACUCCAGCUCAGUAUGCAGUAUUCUUCUUUUGUCUCUAUCUAAUUGCACUUGGGACAGGUGGUAUCAGGCCAUGCGUUGCAUCCUUUGGGGCUGACCAGUUUGACGACACUGAUCCUAAGGAAAGGGUGAAGAAGGGAUCUUUCUUCAACUGGUUCUACUUUUCUAUCAAUAUUGGUGCUCUUGUAUCAAGUAGUUUACUGGUGUAUAUUCAAGACAAUGCUGGGUGGGGUCUGGGAUUUGGAAUUCCUGCAGUAUUUAUGGCCAUUGCUAUAGGAAGCUUCUUUUCAGGCACUCCUCUCUACAGAUUUCAGAGACCGGGAGGGAGUCCUAUCACAAGGAUGUGCCAAGUUUUGGUUGCAUCAUUCCAUAAGCGGAAUAUGGAGGUACCUCAAGAUAGCAGUCUACUUUAUGAAACACCAGAAGGAAUCUCUGCCAUCGAAGGAAGCAGAAAAUUGGAGCAUAGCAAUGAAUUGAAGUGCCUCGAUAAAGCUGCUGUAAUUUCAAAUGUUGAGGCCAAAAGUGGGGAUUUCUCAAACCCAUGGAGACUUUGUACGGUGACACAGGUAGAGGAAUUGAAGAUUUUGGUGCGCAUGUUCCCAAUCUGGGCCACUGGAAUUGUUUUUUCUGCAGUCCAUGCCCAAAUGUCUACAAUGUUUGUGGAACAAGGGAUGUUGAUGGACACAAAAGUUGGUUCUUUCGCCAUUCCUCCCGCCUCCUUAUCGACAUUUGAUGUUGUCAGUGUUAUUUGCUGGGUGCCGAUCUACGAUAGGUUCAUUGUUCCAAUUGCAAGGAAGUUCACAGUUCCAAUUGCAAGGAAGUUCACAGGCAAGGAGAGGGGCUUCUCUGAGUUGCAACGAAUGGGCAUUGGCCUUUUCAUUUCAAUAUUCUCCAUGUCUGCCGCUGCCUUGGUAGAGAUUAGGCGCCUGCAGCUUGCUAAAGAGCUUGGGUUGGUUGAUGAGAGUAUUGCUGUGCCAAUUAGCAUCUUUUGGCAAGUCCCUCAAUACAUGCUAAUAGGUGCUGCAGAGGUCUUUACAUUCAUCGGUCAGCUUGAAUUUUUCUACGAACAAUCUCCAGAUGCGAUGCGGAGUUUAUGCAGUGCAUUGUCGCUUCUGACAACAUCGUUGGGCAAUUAUUUUAGCUCUUUUAUUCUUAAUGUGGUUACAUACUUCACAACUAAAGGUGGGAAUCCGGGAUGGAUUCUGGAUAACUUGAAUAAGGGCCAUCUUGAUUAUUACUUCUGGCUCUUAGCUGGUCUCAGCGUCUUGAACAUGCUUGUCUACAUUGUCUGUGCCAAGAAAUACAAAAAGAAGAAGGCCUCCUAAGAUUUUUACAAGGGGAUAGUAUGGUAAGUAAGUUGUAAUCAUAUGCAG